AGAUCCGAUAAGGAGCGGCAACGUUUUGAAGCGUCGAGCUGCGCGGGUGCCGCGACAACUGCGAGCGGCGGCGCUGUGUGGGAGACGCUUAAUUGCGCAAUUGGUCCUCUCGGGAGAGCCAAGAAACACGAGUCUUGCGUGGUAUUGAAUGAAGACCAGAACUAGUGAGCGGAGAGUUGUCUCGGUUUCAGGCCCUCGACUUGCACUGCAUGGAUUGUGUGGGCUCCUUGUGCGAGUUGCAAUAUAAAAAUGUCACCGUCGAGAGACCGCAGGAUGUGUGAUGCCAUCGAGGCUUUGUAGGGAGCCGCGCGGGGGCACCGGUUCUGUGCAGCCUCGCUCCGAAGGAAGUCUGGAUUGAAGCUGAUGAGAUGCGUAGUGCUGAAGUUCAACUGGCCCAGACACUGGACCCCGGGGUGCGCUGUAACUGGAAAUGUAAACGGCGUGUAACGGUACAUUGCAAGCAGUCGGCGGAAGGCCACAGUAGCAUCCGGCAAUCACCGGAUCGUCCGGUGAAAAAAACAAAAUCUCUCAAGAUGAAGCACCGACGUAACACCCAUUGCUAUCGAGCCAUGUGUUUCUGGUGCCAUGUGUUCUUAUGCAUCAUGAGUACAGUGCCACCAAUGGAAGCCAGUGAGGCUCCACACAGUCAUGACGUACAGCGAGAACAUGAGUACUUUCUGCGGAAGCUCUUUGAGAAAUAUGGCCACAAUGGAGUCAUGACCUUCGAAGGAUUUGAACAUCUAUUGGAGAACUUGGGCCUAGCACAGAUCACCUUCAGAGAUCAUGAUUUAUCCUUACAUCAUCCAGAAGGAAGCACUGGCUUUGUAGACCGUCACGAGCAUCACGAGCACACUGUUGAGGGCUAUGUCCAUGACGACGAUGAACAUCAUGAAAAUGAGAUGCACUCACGGGCUGUUAGGCAAGUCACAAGUCAUCAAGAACUAAGCAGCACUCCUUCUGAAAAUACUACAAGUUCUGCUUCUAGUGGCCACAGUUCCCACCUUAAAACUGCUGAAAUUACGUUUGAGAAGUGCUUAACUGCAACGGAAAUUCUGCAUACUUUCGACUUGCAACCAGAAACUAGCACGAUUAACCCAGAGAAGUUUUUGUACCUGUGUCCUGCAAUCAUCUACCAGUUAGAUCAGAAGCACUGCAAAAUGCCUGUCACAGAUAGGCACAUGCAUCACAGUGGUGAAGGAGAAACAGAUGUAAAUUUCAAAGUGUGGAUGUUCGCUCUCUUGGGGGUAGUUGUAAUCAGCCUAUGUGGGCUGUUGAGUGUGGCGGUGGUGCCACUCAUGCAGAAGGUGUUCUACCAUACUCUCAUUCAGUUCCUUGUGGGCCUUGCUGUUGGCAGCCUCACGGGUGAUGCUCUCUUGCAUCUCUUACCCCAUGCAUUGUCUGGUCAUGACCACUCAGAAGAUGGCGACGGCGAGGAGUAUGUGUGGCAUGGUCUAGCUUCGAUAGCUGGUAUCUACAUCUUUCUCAUCGUAGAGAGGUUCCUAUCCAUACACUCAAACCACAAGCACCGAAAGAGGAGCCCGAAGGCAAGCAACAGCGUGCAGUCUUCUCACACACCUAAGAAGCUUUGCCAUCCAGAAGAGGAGCAGACAAAGAUUGGAGAGAAGCUGUCUCACCACAAACAGGGUUCUUACGGCUUCGCAAUGGAUGCUUCUCAAAUGGAUGCUCUUGAAAAAUUGACAUCUGUGCCAGCAGACCAGCUAGAACUCACCCCGUUAAAUGAUGGGUGCCACUGUAUGGAGAUUGUGGACUUGAAGGAGACAGACAUUUGUGGUGGUGACGAGACUGACCUUGCUAAGGACAAGGCUCAAGACUUGGUUGUGAUAGUGAAAAAUGGUUCAUCGGGAACCACGGGACAUUGUGCACCUGCAGGUGACAGUGGAAGUCACCAUCCUAUAUGCCACAGCACAAGUAGAGACCCUACGGACGAGUGCCAUACGGAGACACUGGUCUACCGGGAAACAUUUGAUGACAGGGGGUUCACCGUGACAGUGUCUGACCACCAUCACCACCACCACCAUGGUCACAGUCACAAGGUGCCUAGUAGUAUAGCUGCCGUGGCCUGGAUGGUGAUUAUCGGGGAUGGCUUGCACAACUUCUCCGAUGGCCUAGCGAUCGGUGCAGCAUUUGCGUCUAGUCUUUCAGGAGGUCUCAGUACAACAAUUGCUGUCUUCUGUCAUGAACUGCCGCAUGAGCUUGGCGACUUUGCAGUGCUUCUCAAGGCAGGAAUGUCAGUGAAACAGGCUCUUCUAUACAACAUUCUGUCAUCUGUGCUUUGUCUCAUUGGCAUGGUAAUAGGCAUACUUUUGGGCAACACAGAGUCUGCCACUAAUUGGAUUUUUGCUGGAAUUGCUGGGAUGUUCUUGUACAUUGCCCUCGUUGACAUGCUUCCAGAACUGUCGGUGAAUGCCAACCACUCUCGAUUAAGUGCCAUCCACCAGCUGGGCACUCAACUGCUGGGCGUAUCUCUUGGUGUGACGACCAUGUUCAUCAUUGCUCUCUACGAGAGGGACCUCCAGUCCAUCCUCACUACCUAGGAUAAUAUAAUUCACGGGCCUGUGACCGGGGCACUACCCCAGUGUCAUUGUCUACACUCAAGGAAGCAGUGCCAGAUCAUACCCCCUUGCAUUGCUCUCCACUUUUGUUUGUAAGAAAUAGGGCAUGAAAAUAGUUGCAUUGUGUUUACCUAUGUUUUUGAUAUUGUGUGUACAGUGUUCCUGCACUAUUUCUCCUACCUUGUUAUUAGUCUCAUCAUUGUCACACUCGUUCCUGUUUUAUUUAUAUCCAUACAAACAAAAUGUAGGUGUGUAUAUUAUUCUUGUUUCUGUUGGUCUUUGUGUUUGUGUUGUGUCAAGGCUGCACGUGCAUUUUUAGUUUCAUACACGAACAGCAUUAGGAUAGUCUGGGACAUGGAAAGCUACUGCCACUUUAUCUGCGAGGACCAAGCAUGAGCAUUUUGACAUCAUUGCAAGUGAUGCCUUGUCAACUUCCCUUUUAAGCAACAUUUCAUUCCCAUCGCAGUGCAGUUUUCAUGUGACUUUUGUUUGCCUUAUUGUACGUUUAGAUGGAAGCUAAGUUAUACAGCUGAGUUGCUCAAGUUGAGCAGUGGUAAAUGUACAUAAGGAACUUCUUUUGUUACAUAAGCAAAGUACUUUUUCGUAAUAAAGAUGGUGCUAAAGAAA